CGCGGAACUAUAAUGGUAACAUCAACUCUAAACUUUAAAUAUAUAUAUUGAAGUUUAUUCAGACGAUCGAGCGCUUGAAAUUACUUCGGUAUUCUCCGUGAGCCAAUUUAAAUUACAAAACCAGUUUAAACGGUCACUUAACAUAUUAGAAGUUCUCUACUAGUAUGUCGGGAGAGCCAAAGCUUAUAACGGUUGCCGACGACGGUGGGGAAACGCUUGAGUUUAUGCAGCUGAAGAAUGGUUUGCGACAACCGCCUUUCAACAUGACGGCCGACGAGAUCCAGGAAAUAUUUGAGCACGUGCCCGAGACCCCGUGCAGGGAUGACGACAUUAUGCUAGCGACAUUUCCGAAGACCGGUACGAACUGGCUGUACGAGAUGUUGUCCAUGAUACAGCGGCGAUCGUCAGCGCGCGUACAGGACACAAAGAUGUCCACCAUGUUAGAGGCAAACAAGGCUGACGUCAUUGAUACCCGGUCAUCACCACGUGUCCUCAACAGUCACUAUCGGCCAAGGUUUCUUCCUAAGGACCUGUGCCGGAAGCAGAUAAAGACGGUGCUGUGUCUGCGGAACCCAAAGGACGCCGCCGUCUCUCAAUAUGCGCACAUGACGGGCAUGCACAUCUACAAUUACAAAGGGACGUUCACGGACUGGAUCCGACCUUACGUCGAAGGGGAAAUGGAGUACAACUCGUACGCUGAUUACCUGAACGCGUGGCAGGAGGUUAUAGAGGCGGGGCCGGGGUACCCUCUACAUGUCAUGUACUUCGAGGACCUAAAAAUGGACGGGAUUGGUCAGCUGAACAAGCUUCUCAAGUUUCUGGGUGUGGAUCUUGACGAGGCGACCCGGGACGCCAUAUUCGAACAGUGCCACUUCCCUAACAUGUUGAGGGAGAAACCGGAAAUUAUGCCAACCGUUGAGCAUUUCAAAAAUAACAACUUGUUCCGGAAGGGCCACUCUUUUUACAGGAAAGGGGAGGUUGGCGACUGGAAGAACUGGUUCACAGUUGCCAAGAACGAGAUGUUUGAUGCCGUCUGGGCCUCCAAGAUCCGCCCAGAUACCAUGUUUCACUUCCGGUACUUACUGUGAAUUUCCUUCGAUGAGAAGUGUGAAUGCAUCGUCGGAUAAUCAUGAUCCCCAUUUCUCAAAACUUCUCAAGCUUAACAUGUUUAAGAAGCUUAUUUCAAUGAGCCAUAACACAUACUUAUUUUUAUGUGAGUAUCAUAAAGAUAAUUCAUAUUGAAGUAUUAAAACUCUUAAAAAAGUAAAUAGAACGCAAAAUAAUAGAAAAUAAAAACUGAGCUUAGCUUUAUAAGAAACUUUUAUUUUUGAGCAUCCAAGCCCCUGAAGUUUCAUUUAUGUCACAAGAAAAAUAAUAAGACAUAUUGAACUGAAAAGGUCUUGCAUAUAUAUAUAUAUAUAUCCAAUGCCAGACGAGUUAUCAAAAAGCAUGUUUUAUAACGUAAAGUUAAACAAGAUCAUGCGACAUAAAGUUAGACGGCCAAAAUUCCGCAGUCAGUCCGAACAAAGAGGCGGCGCUGCUCAGAGAUCAAACGUACAGUGCGUGAAAAGGGUUAUCAA